AUGAGUUACGGUGAACUCGAUGAGAUCCAGUGGAAGAACCCCGAGUGGAUCAACCAGUUCGGGCUCAACACUGGCAAUGUGCUCGACUACUUCAGUGAAUCCCCCUUCUAUGACAGAACCUCCAACAACCAGGUGUUUAAAAUGCAGUUUCAGUUUCAGCCUCCACCGCCUAACUUGAACACACCGUUGGAGUACACAAAAUACUUCGAAAGCAAACUCUCAGACAUGGUGGGUAUAGAGUUUGUGAUCGCAUACAUACGAGAACCGGACUUUUGGAUCAUCAGGAAGCAGAACCGAUUCAGCCGCGAUAACGUUCAAAUUCUCCAAAGUUACUAUAUUAUAGGUGCCAACAUAUACCAGUCACCCAAGCUCUAUCGGCUCAUCAGCUCGCGGCUCUUGAACUCCACGUACCUGAUCAAGACCGCCAUCAACCUUCUCAAUAACCUUAACGAAUUCAAACAUGAUGACGACAAAGCAGAUACCUCCAGUAACGGCAACUCCACUACCCAGACGCCCUUUACACCAGCGGUGACACAACCGAAGAAAGAGAUCAACUUCGACAGUAUCUUGGAUGAUGCCUUGAACCACAGCCGCUAA